AUGUUGUAUCCUCUGUGCGCAAGGAUUGUCGUCCUAGUCGUGGUACUUGUCCUGAAAGUUUGUGGAAUUUCACUUGACACCUCCAACAUGGAAGACACGAUAAGGAAAACCGAGAAAGCAAUGAGGGGAUCUUCAAAUUUUCAGAACGGGGUGCAAGUGUUCUUAGUGGGUUGGAGGGACGCUGAAGACUCCGAGAGGAAAAAGGCUGAAGCUAUCUUCCACCUCCUUCGCGCGACUCAAGGCGCUGGAUUUCUUUGGAUGAUCAUCCAGUCUUUGUGCAGUGACAUGGCAAUGUGGAGGUGGAUUAAAACAGCUGCCGUGGUGAGCGCCAUGAUCAUCGCAAGUUUUGCAUCAGGGGGAGUGGCGUUGAUAGCGCUGAUCGCUGUAGCAGUAGCGGCUGCCAUUGAAUUGGCCGUGGAUAUAGAGGAAGCGUUAAAGCAUUUAUAA